AUGAAGUCCGUAGUGGCUUAUGUUCGUAAUCUUCUGGGUUGGUGUGAUGAAACUCCACCGAUAAGAACAAGCUUCAAACGAGACAGGGCCGACGAUGAAUUGUCGUCCGACGAUGAUUUACCGGCCCUCAAGAGACUCAAGCAACUGAAGAGAACUAAUUUCCCCGACAUCAUGGCUUCGAAUGAAGACUGGGAGAAGCAGGAAAACCAAAAUAAAAAUGUUAGAUAUAUACCAAUACAGAUAGAAGGUCACGCUAGUACAUCAACACCCAAUGAGUCACUCAACAAGAGCAGAGUGAGGACUGUGCCUAUUCAAUUGGUGGGUUUGUCAGAGAACGGACCAGCCACACCGUCAAGAAAACCUAGGAAACAUACACCUGUGAGGCCUGUUAUACAUGCAUUAAUAGAUGAUGAAAAUGAUGAUACAGAUGUGACUUGGGUAGAACCAAAAGCAGAGAACCCACCCAAAAAGCCUACAAAAGUAUACAUUGACUUAGAUGAAGAGGAUGAUCAUCAUGACAAUAAUCAGCAUGAAGAUGAUGUUAUCUUUAUUAAGAAAGUGUCAACUCCACCCCCAUCUAGACCAUACCAAUACUUCCUCAGUAAAAAUAGCCAUGAUACUACUGACGGAACUGUAGAGGAGCCAGUCUUUUAUAAGUUAAGUCGGAAGCCAACAGAACGGAGCUUGAUGAAUAUGUCACCCAAAACAUUUACAAAAUUCAAAGCCCCUCCUGGCAUCACAAAGUCUUAUAAAAAGGCUCCAACUCCCCUACCAAGGUGGAUGCAACCAUCAAAACCAACCACAUCGAAUCUCUCAUCGUAUUCUAGAAAUAGAUUUUUAGGUCUCAAUGGCAACUCUAGGUCAACAAUAUCAGAAGUAUUCAAUUUAAAUGAAAAGAAAAAUUAUCAAGAACUUAUUCGGCGAGUUGCAGCUUCAAUGAAACCAAUGGCGACAGGGAAACCAAUUGAUAUAGUAAAUCUAGCUGAUGAUGCUGCUUCCUUCAGGCUAACACAGAAAACACAAAGAAAUGCUCUAAAUGAAAUUAAAUUUGUAGAAAAAGGAUUAGCUGCUGAAAGAGACAAUGAUGCAUCAAAAGAAUAUGAUCCCAUCACAGUGGCAUCCAUAAACUCAUCCGAUUCAGAAGUAGAAGUAGUUCCAUCAGAAUCAUCUACUACAUCUUCUCAGAGGAUUGAUCCUAUCAACACAUUAAAAGACUCAUAUAGAGAUAAGGCCAUUACUGGAGGAGAUUGGCUUUUAAAAUUAGAAUCAAAAUAUAAGAAAAAGAAACAAGAGACACAGGCAAAGCUAAAAGAUGCAACGCGUGAGUCUGAUAUCAUAUCAAAAGUAAAUAGUGAACAAAGUAUUGCUCACCUGGAGCAUAAACUGAAAUAUGAGCUGAGUAUACCAGAGAGUCUGUUUGAGGAGCCACAGCCCACUGUAGAGCUACCGGCUCUGACUCCAGAACAAGAGAAAUUAGUGAACAGAGCACUGGGACCAGGACCUCCUGGACAGAUGCUUGUAGAGAAAUUCAACUUGAGGAUACACAGGCGGGACCUGCAAACUCUAACAGGCCUUAACUGGCUGAAUGAUGAAAUAAUAAACUUUUAUAUGAACCUGCUGAUGCAGAGGAGUGAGGAACGCAAAGACUUGCCGAAGGUGUAUGCCACUAACACAUUCUUCUAUCCUAAGCUCAUGCAGAGUGGACAGGCUGGUCUUAGGAGGUGGACGAGAAAGGUGGAUAUAUUUGCGCACGACCUCCUGGUGGUUCCCGUGCACUUGGGCGUGCAUUGGUGCCUCAGUAUCGUGGACUUCCGCGCAAAGAAAAUCAACUACCUUGACAGUAUGGGGGGCCGCAACCAGGCCUGUCUGGACGCACUGUUACAGUAUCUCAGAGACGAACAUCAAGACAAGAAGGGGGCGCCGUUCAAUGACAGUGGCUGGAAGACUGAAUGCCUCAAGGACAUUCCACAGCAGAUGAACGGCAGUGAUUGCGGCAUGUUCGCGUGCACGUUUGCGGAGUUCUCGUCCCGUAACGCGGCCUACACGUUCACGCAGGCACACAUGCCCUACCUGCGUCGCAAGGCCGCGCUUGAGAUACUCACCGGGAAACUACUGCUCUAG